GGAGUAAGACGCUCUGCCGCGAGACGACUCCACUCCGCUAGACUACUCAACUGAUAGACCACUCUACCACCAAACUCUGUCGAAGUCUGUCACGUGUGUUUGGCACAGAGGUCUAACAUAGCCGGCUUCCCGAGUGGAGAUAGUCCAUUGUAAUGCGUGUUGCCAGUUUGUAACAAUACUUGGCAGCUUAUGCUCUGCAUCGGAGUGUGAGCUAUCAAUGACUUGAUAGGUAACCAGUGCUACAGCAUGUCUCUCUGUUGGUCCUGUGUCAAGUUAGUGUUGGUUAAUCCCCUUCUCUGGAUUUAGCUGCAACCGGACAAGUUAUCCCAGGUUGGGAACCGCAGGUGUACAAGACUAGGAGCAGGCUGGAUUAAGUAGUGCAUGUUCGGAAACCGUGUAGGCAAUGAUAUGGACCAAAUUACGCAGAUAACUCUCUGCUCAAAGUAAUCCUCCACAUUGUCAGAGAAAAUCUGGGAUUGAAUGACAGACGGAAGGAGUGAUAGGAAGAGGAGCUGAUUAUGCACCAGGUGUGUUAACAGAAAACUUGACUACAAGGAUUUUAAUACAGUUCACAGCAAGGAAGGCGUUUCAUCCCUCAUUCCAAGCAUGUGAAUACGGCUGUAUUUCAUAACCUGUUUUUCGAAAGUCUUGCGAACAGGACAUAUAUUUCAUAAUUCUUUAGGUUUCACACAAAAUACUUUAACAGUGGAUAUUCUUGUACAAUGAAUGUACAUUUCAAUUGAGCGAUCGGAGUAUUGGUGACUGUGAAGUACAAUGUGAUCAGGUGACUGAAGGCUGUAUUCUGGGAUAUAGAAGAAUCUUAGACAUUUAUGAGACGUGUGACCAAUACUGUGGUGGAUCUCUGAUUCGGAUACAGUGUGAACGUCAACACUGGAGAACACUACAGAGAGAAGACACUAUUUAAAGAGAUCUGAAAUGUGACCAAGUAACCCAGGUCCAGUGACAAUCUUUGGAUACUUCUUAUUACUAUCUGACCUGCUGUGGGAUUUUACCAGUGGUCUAAUGAGUGUUGACCGCCAAAGAUGAGGUUUGAGGCCGGUCAGCCGAAGAGUAGCAUCUGCCGGGCGUGGCAGGUGAUCAGUUCACUGUAUUGUCGUCUACUACAGCUUCUCAUCUUCCUCGUCAUCUCUGUGGCACUCUCAGGUUGCAGUGAGUCUGUCAAACGACAGUUGACACCAACUCCCAAGUUCCUGCCGGGAAAUAUGAACGUUACAGUGAGGCAGGGUGCCAUGGCAGUUUUACCCUGUAAAAUAAGAAAUUUAGGAACUAAAAAGGUAGCUUGGCGGCGACUUAACUCUGACCAGUUUCUGACAAUUGGCAAGAUUACAUGGAUCAAGCAAGUCAAUAUGAUGGUGGAGCAUGAAAGUCAGCCAGGGGACAUAACUACAUGGGACUUGUUGAUAAAAAAUGUCAAGGCCAACGAUUCAGGGAUUUACGAGUGCCAGAUCACAUCUACACGGGAAUAUGCAUAUCACAUACAGUUGAAUGUCGUUGGUCCACCAAUCACAAACCCAGAUAUACGCACUUCCAAACCAGCAAUUUCAGUGAUCGGCAGUACCUAUGUGGACUAUGGGGACCCAAUCAAGCUGAUAUGUAACGCGACUGGAGGGCCGCACAUACCCGAAGAGAUUGACUGGUUCAAGGAUGGAGAUAAAAUAGAUUCACACAAAUAUAAUGAUAUUGUUAUAACAAAAUAUCGGUCACUGCGGUUACAGUCGAUGACAAGUGAGCUCCUCGUGGACCGAAGCACGACUGACCAUUCAGGAACAUACAUCUGCAGAAGCUCACAAGAUGUCAUCGCCAGCAUUAAAGUCACAGUCCUUGUUGCAUCGACAGUACUAGAACGAUUUCAGCGGAAAUCAAAUUAUAGCACUGACACAACAAAUGUAAAACGUGGUACUGGUUCACAGAUCCAUCCGAACCAUGCUGGGGUGUCUAUCUCAAGCUAUGCAAAAACAUCACUGAUGUUGUCACUAGUUGUCUCCCUUGUCCUAGUCCCCUGUGUCUUAUGACACUGACACCUAGAUCAAGUUAUCUGUGCCUUAUACAGUCUGGUGUACAUGUAGCUGAACAAGCAGUCAGCAAUAUGAUUGGUGCAAUCUAUUUUCCACUUUCAAAUCAACCAAUGAGACAUCAAACAGGCUGGAGGUUGGUUUCUAUUGGUUGUUGACACUGACCAAUGGAAUGCAGGGGAAGAUGGAUGGAGUUACAGCCAAUGAGAGAGGAAGAUCUGUGAAAGCUUUCACCUGAUUGGUCAGAAAGGAUCCAGUGAUGUUGCUUGUGAAAGUGAAAUGAAAUCUAAGGAGGUAAACCUUCCAAUGACUAAACAAGUGUGAGACUUCCAUAAAAUAAACAUUUGAUUUGACAAGACAUGUUUAUGUCCUAAAAUAUUUCACCCAACUUGUACAGGAUAAUUUUAAUAAUAACAUGGGAGAGUGCAAUCUGUUCUCACAUCAACUGUCAGAUGAAGAAGAGCUUCAGUUACAUUAUAACCUGAGCCCUUACCUGUAAAGGGAUUUGUGCAAUCUGAUUGGUGCAAAUGAAACACCUCCAGCCAUGAUUGGCUGGUUUGGAAUAAGGCAGCAUAACAGGCUGAUGUUGAACUCGUACAUUUCUUUAGAAGCUGUCCAUGAGUCAACUUCAGUUACGGAGGCCUAGAACUGUUUCUUUCUCCCAAAUUAAAUUUCAUACAAUGCCAUUGUACUUAACAGGUUCUCUGACUAACAUCUAACACUGAAUUGGACUCAUCAAACUAGAGUUGUGUCCUUUAACACAGAUGUGAUGUUUCACGAUGUCUGUCAGCCAUGUUGUAUAUGUUGCUUGCUUCCGAGUUUCGCCUCAACUUGAAUCGGGGCAUAAACAUUCAAGCUUUGUAUAUUUCAGAGACAUUACGGACUUGAUUUCAAUGCCAGUUAUUUGGAACAUUUCUCAAAGGUUGUGAUGACUGCAUUUCAUUGGGAAUUCAGUUUUUGCAAAUCAGGUGUGUUUGCACAGACACAUUUGCAAGGUUGAUGCUGGAUGAUUGGCUGAAACAUCACUUCAGGCAUGAGUUUAAACUGUGUAAUUUGUUCAAUGAGAGACCAAAGUUGACUUUGAUUGAACAUUGAAACAUUUUUCAGUGAAUUGAAUUCUUUGGGAUCUGGAGUUGACGGCUUCCCAUUUUUUCACAAACAUGGUGUUAAAAAACAACAAUCAAGAACAAAGUUUUGAAAUGAGAUUAGAUGCACCACAAGACAAGCACAGCUUUGACGGUAAAGGACUGUGACUCCUGAAGACUGACUCCAUGACCGACUUAUUCGCCAACUGCCACACCAAUUAUUUUAGGGGAAAAAAAUCAAGAUUUCACGAAAGUGACUGCUUGAGAUCCACCCCAGUGUACAUCUUGAUAUACUGAUUUCCUAACUGCUGUUAAUGUGUUCUUUCACAAACAGUAUAAUUGUAUAUAAGAAAUGUCAAUAACAAAGUUGUACAAUUUGUAAAGUAUGUAUUCACAUUUACAUGUACAGAGAGGCAUGUACAGUUCAAAGGUGUACAGAUUGGAUAGGUUAGAUUUUGUUGUACAGUAUACACUGUAUAAUAUAUCAGGAAUUUGUGAUAUGCACAUGUUAAAAAGGGUUAUAUACCGUAUAAAUUUGAACAUAUAUAAUUACACAAUAACUUUGAAGGUACUCGUAUCUGACAAAUUUGUCAAACAAUAUAUGUUUGUUUUAUAUUUAUAUGAAAUUAAAUGUAUGCUAUUGGAAUCAAAUAAAUAGUGAUCAUAUAGCAAAUAUUUUAUAAUUUUCCUGAACUUAAACAUGACAUGCUUCAAAAUUUAGUGUUAUAUAAUAAAUUAUACCUGAUAAUGAUUUUAACUUUGUAUUUUCAUUUAAUCAUAUAAGAAAUAUAAUUUCUGAAAGUAAAUAUAUAUAUGACUAAGAUGUAUGUUGGAUCACUUUCUGUAGGUUUGACUGAUGCUAAGCAUCAAGCAGUUCAAUCAAAUUAGGCUUAAAUAGGAAUGUUGUGAUUCAAUUACACAACAACCAUCUUAGGAUUGAUCAUCAUGUCAAUCAGGUAUUGACAGAAUAUAUCAAGCUGAUUAGCAAUGUUGCAUCUGUAAUGAAAUGGAUGUAAAUAUACUGAGGGAAACAAAUAAGGAAACACCACUUCAUCAGUGUUCCUGUAUGUAUUUUUGUGUUGUCACCCACAGUGCUAUACAAAGUUUGUGAAGGAACAUGGCAAAGAAUAUAGGAACACUUGUGCUUACAUGUGUUCCCUUAUUUGUUUCCCUGAGUAUAUAACCUGAACAAUGGACAAACAAAUAGUAGGAUUUGCUGAAAUAUUGGAACUACAACAUUUAGUUAUUUAUGCUGUAAGGUAUUGACCAUUUCCCAUUCUGAGGGGCAGAGUAUGGCAUUAAAAAAAACGUUUGUCACAGAAAACAUGGGGGAAAAUUAAUAUUGUCCAGGGUUAACACAAAUGGACAAACUACUUGAUUAUCUCAUGAAACAUAUUCCAUUUGGGUGUAAAAGGUUAAAGAGAGGUGAAAACUAAAUAAACAAAUCAAACCAAAUGUCCACUGUACUAUUCUGGCUAUAUCAUAAUCAUGUGUUAAUGAUAAAUUCAUAAAAGCCGAAAAUAUAUCUUGCCUUUCCAGUGACAUGUGUCAAAGGCUAGUCAAGUUACUGUUCUUGAAAUAAGUCUCAUGAGAGAAAACAAACAGUAUACCUCUGUCUCUCCUUUGUAAGGUGUCUUAGAAGUAUGUUUGUAUUUUGAAAAAAUGACAAAAAAAAUAUUAAAAUUCAAACAAAAAUAUUUCCACCCCCUCUUCAUCCACAGGAUAUUAAAUGGUCAAUCCUGAAUAGUGCAAAAGUCAGUGUAGAUUUGUGUCCAUGGCAUGUGUUUGUGUUUUGUUUUGUUUUGUGCAUUGACAUCAUAAGUUAUUAUUUUCACGUUAUAAGGACCCUUACUUAGUAUUUAACAAAAAUAAAGUAAUUAGCCACUUGGUAUUUCUGGUGAAUAUCAGAUCAGUUUAAUAGCAGACUUUGUGAAUAUGUCAAGAAAUAGUAAUAUUCUGUCUUCCUUUGAAAUGCUUCAAACAGUUUCUAUUUCAUUUGUUGGAAAUGGAUCAGCUGUCAUGUCAGUACUGGUACUGUCCUAUUUUGGUUGUGUUUUUCUUUAAACUAAAAUAUUUCAAAAGAUCUAUUAUUUGUUCUCUACGAGUUAAAUUGAUAUCAAGACAUUGUACAAAAACAUCUAUCUUGAUUGGGAACUGUUGUGUUUUUAAUACUUUUAUAACUUAUUAGAUUCAUGCAAGUAAUAACUCAUAAUAAAAAUACCUUUCUAUUUGAAAACCAAAAGUAUUCCUUCUGGUCACAAUGGUUGUCAUUUAUCCAUUGACAUUACAUUACAGCACAUUGAAGGGAAUAUUUUCAAGAACUCGGGAAAACGUUUCAAGCUGAAAUAUAUAUUUGUUGGGUUUUUUUCACUAAUGAGUGAAAACAAAUUUGAAUACCGGUACUCCUGCGAUCUUGAGGAUAUUUCAAAACUGGACUUUUUUACACUUAUCAGAGCCUGAUGUACAUAUAUGAAUUGAUCAAGACUUAUUCAUCAUCAUAAUCAUCAUCAUAAUCAUAUAAAAAACAUUAAGUUAAUUCUAUUCACAUUGUUUGAAAAAAGACAACUUCCACAUGUUUACUGACAAAUGAUGCAUAGAUUAGGCUUCUAUGGAUGCCAUGUUUUGUUAUAUUAUAUAUUUUGUCACAUAAAGUUCUUGAUUAAUACUAAUUAAUAUUUUCAUAACUUCUUGAAGGCUGCCCUUAUGAUAUAGAAUUAUUUUAUGUUGGCAUUGAAAAUAAUUGUACAUUUAAAAAGUAUUGUCUAAGGUACCCGUUACUUUUAACUUUUUUUCCUGAUUGUAAGAAGUUGAAUAAAUUUAAAAAAUACAUCCCAGGUAUAAGAUAUUUCAUGGGAACACAAUAUUAGUGUUUGAAAUCUAAGUCAUAGGCCUUGAACUCUCAUUUUCUGCCCAAAUCACCAAGUGUUAAAGAAUGCAUCUUAAAUACAGAUGAAACUUCAAAAUAACGCGGCUGAUUAAAAAAGCAGAUUUGACGUCAGCUGUAUACGCAUCUUCUCCAGUCUUCUCCUCGUUAAUCUCCUCUGUGGGUUUCACUCCAUUACCUUGAGGAGGAGUGCAGAGACCCCACGAGUAUGUUCAUACUGUGUCUGACACUCUACUUAAAAGGCAAUGCAAGAAAAAUAGCAAAAUAUGCAGGAACUGGUAAUUUUUUUACAUUUAAAACCAUCAUUCCAACCAUUGCUUGUUGAUAAUGUUUACAUGGAAAUAAAUUUCAUUGUGUCAAAUAAACCAUGAAAUCUUUAUUUGAUACUGAUUUUUCAGAAGUCUAUAAGAACAGAUUGAAUUAUGGAUUUCUGCGUACCUUUCUGACACAGCACUUGAAAUGCAUGGUUUGAGGAAAUAAUGAGAUAGGCUUGAGAAAUAAUUUUAGAAUCUUCAAGCAGUGAAUCCUGUUAAGCUAGACAACAUUUGGUUGAACAGAAAAUGAUGGGGAGCAAAUAUACUCUGAACUGGGUACCUCUAA